UUAAUCGAGAUGAAAUUGUUUUGGAUUAAUCCCCUCAAAAACUCUACAAUUAAAGAUGUGGCAAGAAACGUGGGGCACAGCACUGAUUGGAAGCAAUAUGGCGGUUCCACGAGGAAGACGAUGACAACACACGGCCGGAGACACAGCUGUAACAAUUUCCAAAGACGAGACAAACAACACACAUACAAAUACAACACGCACUCACCACUGUGUGAAUCAAAAUCAAACCCUCAUUCACAGAACCAGAAUCUGCAGAAUCAUGGUGAAGAAACGCCUUCCUGAUUGGCUCAACAGCCCCAUGUGGUCUUCUCCCACAGUAACCACAUCUCCACCACCGAAAUCACGAUCGCUAUCGCCGCCGCCUCCGCCUCCUUCGUCGUCGAACGAUGAUCGAUAUGGUAUCGGUAGUUACCCUUCCAAAUCUUCCUCCGUCACGUCAUCCGAUUCUUCUCUGAAUGAACCGCAUGUUCCGUUGCCACCUCCUACUUCAAUCAAACAGGAACCGACUCCGAAGACGAGAAUUAGGGAUUCAUCGACCCGUAGCGUGAACAGUGAUAACGACGUUAGUUCCUCCAUUGAAGAUGUUUCACGUCAGGCACAGUUAUUAGAAGAGCUAUCGAGGAAGAUUAUAAACAUUGGAGAACUGCGACAACUCUGUUUGUUGGGUAUUCCAGAUGCUGCUGGCAUCCGUUCCACUGUAUGGAAGUUGUUGUUGGCAUAUCUUCCAACUGAUAAAGGGCUUUGGUCAUCAGAAUUGGCUAAGAAGAGAGCUCAGUACAAACAGUUCAAAGAGAACCUUUUGAUGAAUCCAUCAGAAAUCACCAGGACAUUUGAAGUCUCUGCAUCUCUUAAAAAUGGUGAUCUAAGUGAGGGAAAAGGGUUACUGGAAAGGUCAAAAAUACCUCAUGGGGAGCAUCCAUUAAGCCUAGGGAAGACUAGCAUUUGGAACCAAUUCUUUCAGGACUCUGAGAUCAUUGAGCAGAUAGAUCGUGAUGUGAAACGAACUCAUCCAGACAUACCUUUUUUCUCUGGUGACUCAGCAUCUUCAAAAGCCAAUCAAGAAUCUUUAAAAAACAUUCUCAUCAUAUUUGCAAAACUGAACCCAGGGAUAAGAUAUGUGCAAGGGAUGAAUGAACUUUUGGCCCCUUUGUUCUAUGUUUUCAGAAAUGACCCUAAUGAGGAUUCUUUGGUUAAUGCUGAAGCAGAUACUUUCUUUUGCUUUGUUGAGUUAAUAAGUGGUUUUAGAGAUAAUUUUUGUCAGCAACUUGAUAAUAGUAUUGUUGGCAUUCGAUCCACAAUUUCAAGAUUAUCACAGCUUUUAAAGCAACAUGAUGAAGAGCUAUGGCGUCAUCUUGAGGUCACAACAAAAGUAAACCCACAGUUCUACGCAUUUAGAUGGAUCACACUUUUACUGACUCAGGAGUUUAACUUUUCUGAUAGUCUUCACAUUUGGGAUGCACUCUUAAGCGACCCAGAGGGACCUCAAGAGACUCUCCUUCGGGUUUGCUGUGCAAUGCUGAUUCUGGUUAGGAGGCGUUUGCUUGCUGGAGAUUUCACAGCAAAUCUCAAGUUAUUACAAAGUUACCCUUCUACAAAUGUUAGUCAAUUGCUCUAUCUUUCCAACAAGUUGAGGUCUUGUUAAAAUUAAAUUCAUUGAUUUUGUAGGGUUUUUUUUUUUUUUUUUUUUUUUUGGAUGGGUAAAUUUAUAAUCACAAAAGUUAGGUUUCUUUAUUUUUGUUAGUAGGUUUAAUGUCAGUUAAAAAGUGUUAGUUUUUUUUUUUUUUUUUUUUUCCUGCUUCACUUGGUUUAUGGAAAUCGAACUUCAAAAGAUGUAAUGUAAACUGUUGUACAUUUUACACCAUUGUUUAUAGAAUGUUAGAGAAAUUCCGGGAAAAUAGCAACACAUUUUUUCUUUUAUUACUAAUAUAUUGGCAAUGUACUUUAAAUUUUACAUAUGAUAGUAAUGUAAUAUUAGUUUUUGAA